AUGGCUACACAACGAGAGGAAGAUAUUAAGAUGAUGCUAGCCGCUCAGGUUCAUAUUGGUACACGCAAUGCUGAUUCUAAAAUGGCCGAUUACAUUUGGCGUCGUCGUAAUGAUGGAAUCCAUAUUAUUAACGUGGGGAAGACAUGGGAAAAGCUCAUGCUUGCUGCUCGUGUGAUUGUGGCUGUGGAAAACCCAGAGGAUGUGAUUGCCAUCUCAGCUCGUCCAUAUGGUCAGCGUGCUGUACUCAAGUUUGCGCAACACACUGGUUGUCAGGCUAUUGCCAGCCGCUUUACGCCUGGCACGUUUACGAAUCAGAUCACAAAGCAAUUUCGCGAACCACGUUUGCUAAUUAUCACGGAUCCACGCACUGAUUCCCAGGCUGUUCGUGAAUCUUCGUUUGUCAAUGUACCAGUAAUUGCCUUUUGCGACUCAGACUCGCCUCUUCAGUUUGUGGACGUAGCAAUUCCAGCCAACAACAAGGGCAAGCUCUCUAUUGGUUUGCUCUAUUGGUUGCUCGCUCGUGAGGUCUUGCGCCUUCGUGGUACAAUCUCGCGUACUUUGCCGUGGGAUGUGGUUGUGGACCUGUUCCUGUACCGUGAUCCGGAGGAGCUUAAGAAGGCCGAGGAAGCCCAGGCUACGGCUGCUGAGGAAGCUCAGACCCAUGCUGGUUGGGGUGAUGCCCCACAGACACCUGCAGAACCUACUCUGUAUGCUGCUGAGCCUGUAGCUGCCACUGCUGCUAAUGCAGAGUGGACUUCAGCUGGUAACUCGGAAUGGUCGGGUGAGGCUGGCGCUGUACCUGCUGCGUCAAACUGGGAUGCUCCAGCUCCUGCUGCUGGAUGGGACUAA